UUCAUAAUUAUCUUGGUGUUAUUUGGAUUGCUUCUUCUUGUUUUUUAGAACAUGCUCUAUAUAUAAGUUGAAUACUAUAGAUAGCGGUUUUAACCGUUCUUAUGCGAAAUUCAAAAUGUUCAAUCGUCGUUGUACUUUCUAGACGACUUUUCCAUCAAAUACUUUUCAAAAUAUAGUAUUUGAAAAAAUCUACCAUACUUUAUAUUUGGCAAUGAAUCCAACGAUUGAAUUUCAAAAACAGAUUAAAGAUAAUGCUGAAGAUGUGAGAAAGUUUGUGACUGACUUGACUAACUGGGAAGAGGAAAUGAAGCGAAAGGAUUCAGAGGCUCGUACUGCACUGUCAAAGGAAAACUCUGUUCCACCUGUUAGAAACAGCUCCAUGAAAAGAGACUCCUGUUCUGAAGGUUUGUCGGAAACAUUGGAGGGGGUCAAGAAGCGAAUUUCAUCCAGUGAUUAUGCAGCCUGGGAGAAAUUUGAUGUGGAAAAAGCUUGUGAGGAAUUGGAUGAUCCUAAGAGCAAACAGGAUUCAGAGAAUGAAGAGGAGAAGCAAAUCAAAGAAAAGAGAUUGCGUGAUGAAGCUAAUGUUGAAAAGGAAAAGGGGAACCAAUUUGUAAAGAAAGAGAAAUGGGACAAUGCUAUUGAGUGCUACAGCAAAGCUAUUAAGUGUUAUUCUCGUGAUGCUAUAUUCUAUUGUAACAGAGCUCUCUGUUUCCUAAAGAAGAAGGACUAUAGGGCUGCAGAGACUGAUUGCACUUCAGCUCUUGCUCUUGACAGCACCUAUGUCAAAGCUCUGCACAGGCGAGGUUUGGCCCGGAAAGAACUCAAUCAACUGGAUGAAGCAGCAGUAGAUCUGCAGAAAGCCACAGAAAUAGAACCCAAUAAUACAGCUAUUGCAAGAGACUACACUUCAGUCAUGUUGAAAAUAGGUCAACUCAAUAUUGAUAGCAUGUUGACAGAGACAAUUCAGGCUGAGACAAUCCAGACUGAAGUUGAUUUCAUUGUGGAUAAAAAAGCAGACCCUAUUUUGCCAGCAAAAAAACAUAGGCCCUCAAACAGCACUCUAAAGGAACCAUUGGAUGGACCUGUAGUUACCGCUACCACAGUAUGGCCAAAAGUAGACGAUAGUGCUCUUAUUGAGCCUGUCAUCAUUCCUCCUCAUAGGCGUUCCAAGAAACCACUACAGAGAAUUCAAAUACAAGAAGAUGACAUUGUUUCUGUAACUACAUUAGAUAGCAGGAAAGUGGUUCCUAUUCCACCUUCCAAAAAGUCAUCAGCUGAUCACACACAAGAAGUUUUAAAAAAUUCUUUAGAUUCUAGACCAAAAGAUAUUCUCGCAACUAAUAGUACUAAAGAAAUUGUCAAACCCAAAAUAGAGACCUCAAAAUCUGAAUCUACAUCAACAAAAAGCACAGUCAUUCCACCCACCCCAAAGCUAGAACUUUCAUUGAGUACUGCUCCAAAAGUUGUUCCCAACACUCCCAAAAAUUCUGUCCAGUUUCUAGCUGGCUGGAGGCAAAUUUGUAAGGACAGCAAUAUGUGCUACCAAUACCUUCAGAAAAUUAAUGGAGAGGAUUUUCCAAAAAUUUUCCAAGAUUCCCUAGAUGGGAACAUGUUAAGUCAAAUAUUAAAGGUGCUAGCACUAGAGUUUGUGCAAAGUAAAGCCCCUGUUUUAAGCUAUAUUCAGGGCUUAACUCGUGUUCGACGAUUCCGAACUCUCACUUUAUUUUUAUCAAAGUCAGAUAAAGAAUACUUGAAUGUUCUAUUCAGACACACUCAAGAACAUGAGAAUACUCCUUUGGAGACAAUAGCCAGCUUGAAGAGUGAUUAUGAGCUUUAGAUUUGGUGACCCACAGCCCACAGUGUUGUAAUAUUUUCAAGAAGUCCUUUUGUUGUCUGUUUAUCUUACUGUCACAGCUGAGGGCUUUACUUCUGUAAUUAUAUUAAGCAAUCGCA